GUAAGUAUCGCAGGGAGGCUUUGCAGCACUAGAACGUGCGGGUGCUGCAUGGUUACUGUUAUGGAACCAGUGAUGACUUUCCUUCUCCACGCGAGUUGAAGGACAAUCUUCCCUUUGUGGAUUGCUGUAUAUGGGAAUGCAUCCUCCUCGCAUAUAAAGCCCUCCCAUGACCACCCACAGCAAGGGUAUUGCUCAGGAACCCAAGAAAGACAUUAUAGGCCUAGGAACGUUAUUACUCUGGCGCGACAUAUUUUUAACGUCCUUAUCCUUCCUACUGGGCAUUCAGACAAAGACCCAAGAUGCUAGGCUUGAUCUUGGACUCAAUCCACGGCAUUCCUGUCGAAACAGUGAUUGGCCUUCUACUCGGAAUGUUUGCUAUCCUAUGGACUGUGCCUUUCUUUUAUAACCUUUUCUUCUCUCCUUUGAAAAACGUGCCCGGACCAUUAUUAGCUCGGUUCAGCAUUCUGUGGGAGUUCCGUGAGUUAUGGAAAGGCCACUCGAAUGAAGAGUACAUCAGGCUGCACAAGAAAUAUGGCCCAGUUGUCCGUGUUAGUCCGAAACGAUACAGCGUCAUCGACCCCUUGGAUGUGAAGCAAAUAUACGAGUUUGGUGGCAGCUUCCAGAAAACAAACUAUUAUGAUGCCUUAGGCGAACCAACGAAUAUCUUCACAGUGAGAAAUAUCGAGGAGCACAAGGACCGACGAAGGAAGGUUGCAUCCUUGUACACCAUGUCUUCCAUGGUGGCCUAUGAAGGCGCAGUCGACAGGAUGACGACUCUCUGCAUUAAGAAAAUGGCUCAGUUCACAACUGAAAAAAAAUUAAUCUCGAUGCCUCAGUUCAUGCAGUUUUAUGCAUUCGAUGUUAUCGGGGAGAUCACCUUUGACCAGAACUUCGGUAUGAUGGAAAACAUGGGCGAUACUCAAGGCAUUAUCCAAGAUCUCCAUCGCCUGAAUAAUACGACUGGUCAUAUGGGUCUAUUACCGGCACUGCAACCGGCUUUUCGAGCAGCGCAGAGGGUUCUACUUAGUGGAACGCCAGCAGGUAAAAUAACCGAGUAUACCUGGAGCCAAUAUUGGAAACAUAAGAACGCAAACAGUGGUGCCAAGCAGAAGUCUCAGUACGAUACAUUCCUGCGCAAGAUACUCCAGUUGGAAGCCGCUCAUAAAGUCGGACGCAACAAUGUCCUGGAUUCCUGCGGAUCUAAUAUUGGUGCCGGUUCUGACACUACCGGUAUCAGCCUGAGUGCGGCAUUGUGGUACAUUUAUCGUAAUCCUGACAAAUUAGCUAAGCUGCGUGAAGAGAUCGACACUAUGACCGCUGACGGCCGGAUUUCUGACCCAGUGACAUACAAACAGGCGCAGGAGAUGCCGUAUCUGAACGCUGUCAUUAAGGAAACAUUGAGAGUGCAUCCUGCUGUUGGCACAAUCCUGGCCAGGGUUGUACCAAAAGGAGGCAUGACACUCGCUGGGGGUCAAUAUAUUCCUGCAGGAACACAUAUUGGUGCCAAUGCUUGGUCGUUACAUUAUAGUGAGAAGGCCUACGGCCCCGACGCAGACAAAUUCCGGCCAGAGCGCUGGUUGGAGGACAUGCCCAAACCGGAUUACCGGGAGUCAAUGAUGUUUGCAUUCGGUGGCGGCUCUCGAACCUGCAUUGGCCGCAACAUUAGCCUAUUGGAGAUGACAAAAGUCCUGCCACAGAUUGUCCGCAAGUUUGAUCUGAAAUUCGAUGAGAAUAGUCCCUGGAACACAUACUGCUCGUGGUUCGUGUAUCCAAAGUAUAAAUGCUGGAUUGAGCCCCGGAAGCCAGUAAGUAGCGAGGCUUAGA